AUGGAUGCAGGACUACUACUCACCUGGACGAAGAUGCCACUGCCCGGGCAUUCUAUGGCAGUUACGAAUCGAGUGUAUGUGGCUCCGACCACUUUCCAGAAGCUGAUCGCAGAUUCGAGUUCAACUCCGCUGGUUGAGGUCAACCGCUGCGUUUUCAUGCUGGGUCAACAUGCCAUGCCCGAGGAUUGCAUAGCUUUCUCGGACUACCAACGUACUUUGGCGCGGGUCGGUCUCGAGAAGCAGGUGCGGGUGAAGCCGUUUGAGGUACCACCGGAGUUCUUCCUGGCCUCCUGCUCCAUCGAGGUCUCCUUCCCACGGCUUCCGCCAGCAGAUGCAAGGAGGAUCGAGAUUUUGGAUUCCGACAUUGAAGAGGAGUUCCGGAAGAGUUUCACCAACCAGGCAUUGGCCUGCAGCCAGCUCUUGGCGCUGCAGGUGAAGGGGGCACUUCUGAAGCUGCAAAUCAGAAGCGCCCAGCCUGUGGACUUUGGCAGUGGGGCUGCCAAGCACGAGCUGAGCAGCGUGGGCCUCCUGAGUGAUCAGACUUUGCUGAGCUUUUCCGCAGCGCCUCAGGCGUCUGGAAAGCUCUUGGUUCUCAACAACUCCAGCCAGCAGAGGACCAUCUUUCAGCCCGACUUCUCCUUCGAGGAGUUGGGGAUCGGUGGCCUGUCCCGUGAGUUCGGUGACAUUUUCCGCCGGGCCUUCGCAGCACGGGUCUUUCCACCCAGAGUGGUCAGGGCAAUGGGGAUCAAGCAGGUCAAGGGCAUGCUGCUCUACGGGCCUCCGGGAACCGGAAAGACAUUGCUCGCACGCCAGCUUGCUAAGUUCCUCAAGGCUGUGGAGCCGAAGAUCGUAGCAGGACCCGAGCUCCUGGACAAGAUGGUCGGGGAGACCGAGCGUAAAGUCCGCAUGCUCUUCGCGGAGGCAGAGGAGGACUACCGCACCAACGGCGAGAACGCACAGCUUCAUGUCAUCGUGCUGGAUGAGAUGGAUUCUGUGUGCAAGACUCGUGGCUCCAGCCGCGACAGCACCGGCGUCUCGGACAACAUCGUGAACCAGUUUCUGUCGAAGAUUGAUGGCGUCGAGGCUCUAGACAACGUGCUCCUGAUCGGAAUGACCAACCGCAAGGAGCUCUUGGACCCGGCGCUCCUCCGUCCGGGACGCCUUGAGCUUCACGUGGAGAUCGGCCUCCCUGACGAGGCCGGCAGGCUGGAGAUCCUCAAGAUUCACACGGCCAAGUUGCAAAAGGGGCGGUUCCUUGACGGGGGCGUGUGCCUGCAGGACCUGGCUGCCCGGACACGAAACUUUUCCGGCGCAGAGUUGGAGGCCCUGGUUCGUGCAGCCGUGGCUUCUUCCAUGAGCCGGAAAGUGGACGUCCACAAUCUGAACUCCGCGAAGGAUCUGGAUAGCAUCGUGGUGACUGCCUCCGACUUCCAACUGGCCUUGCAGGAGGUCCGGCCAGCCUUCGGGCAGGACACGGAUUCGCUGGAGGAUUCGGCCACGCAGGGCAUCAUUCCGUUUGUGCCCGCUUUCACACACUUGUUGCAGAAGCUGGAGGGUUACAUUUGCCAAACCCGCUCGAGUCCUGGCCCACUGCUUUUGACCACGCUCCUCCAUGGAAUGCAUGGGAGUGGGAAGUCUGCACUGUCGGCUCAUGUCGCGAAGCUGUCCGACUUCCCCUUCAUUCGGCGCAUUUCUGGGGAAAGUCUUGCUGGAGAGACAGAGCAGAUGAAGCUCCAGACCAUUAGGCGCACCUUCGAGGAUGCACACAAGUCCCCGCUGUCUCUGAUCGUGCUGGACGAUAUCGAGCGGCUCAUCGACUACGCCUGCAUCGGCCAACGCUUUUCCAACAAUAUCCUGCAGCUUCUGUUUGGCCUUCUGAAGAAGAAGUCCGACAAGGGCUACCGGAUGAUGGUGAUUGGCACCACGUCGGAGCUCGGCUUCCUCCGAGAGGUUGGCCUGCACCGGGCCUUCGGCACGGCGCUGCAGAUCCCGGCGCUGGCACAGCGGAGCGCCUUCGAGGCGGCACUCAAAAGCCGCCGGGGCUUCAGCCCAGAGCUCUUCGGUCGUCAUACCAUGGGGAUCCGGACCCUCCUUGAGGUGGCAGAGCUUUCGGCACAGCACCCUCCUGUCCAGCUGUCCACGUUCAUGGAGUGUCUCCAUGAUGCCAGCGUGGUGGAAGGGAGUACUUUCUUGGAGGGCUUCUUCAAGUCCACUCGGUUGCUCUCGCAGUCCAUCCGCCGGAGCCAGAAAGAUCACCUUCUGGUUUUCGUCACUGCGGAGGCCUUCAGCGCAGGCUUCCUCAGCGUGGCGACAUCCUUCCCCGGCGUUUCUGGAAGCGCCAGUGGUAUCCCACUCGGUUUGAACAGCCUGUGGUUCGGAGCCUUCUUCAGCCUCUUCAACAUGAUCCUCGGCCUUGCUUUCUACCUCUGGGGCGCCCGCAUAGGUCGGCUUUGCUUCCGGAGGCAGUGGGCAGCCGUCGUGCGAUUUUCCGAGGCGUGGCAGAAGGCAGCUAGGCAGCGAGCCUUGCGAAGCAAUGGCUUCUGCUGCAAAGCUUGGUAUGGUGAACGAUGGAAGUCACACAGAUCUCCGUCGGAGGGUUUCAUUUUCUGGCAGUGUUCUCUAACGGCGAUUGUUAUGCAUGGGGCAGCAACCAGCAGUGCCCUUAAACUUGUUUGGGACGGUUCUCGACAGGAUCGCCAUCAGCCGGUGUUCGUCCGUCAUGAGGUGCAGCUGGUUUCUGCGGGUUGGUACCAUAGCCUGGCGACUCUCCAAACCGGUGAGACCGUCGCUUGGGGUCGGAACAACUGCGGACAGCUGGGCGAUGGAACGAGGACAGACCGCACAAGGCCUGUUCCUGUGCUCGGGCCCAUGGCGCUUGAAGGGACCAAGCUCAUGAACGCAGAGCAGCUAGCUGCUGGCCAGGACCACAGCUUGGCCAUUGUCCAAGUGCCUGGACAUGGCAAGUCCGUCGUUUAUGGUUGGGGGGCGAACGUCGGCAAGCCAGUUGCAGACGAGGAUAGAUUUACUAUGGUCUCGCCGGAUGUGCUGUACCCGCAGGCUCUCAUUGUGGAUAUCGUUCAAAUCAGUGCAGGACGGAAUCACUCAUUCGCACUUCGCGACACUGGGGAGUUGUUUGCCUGGGGCAAGAACGGAUAUGGCCAGCUCGGAGAUUGCACAGUUCUACCCAAAACGGAGCCGACAAAAGUCAUGAACCUGGUGCGGCAGGUCGCAGCUGGCGUUGACUUCAGCCUCGCAGUCUUGGACAGCAGCACCGUGAUGGCCUUUGGUUGUUGCUCAGGAGGAAGGUUGGGCACGGGAGGCACCACCCACCUGCAGGCGCCGACGCCCGUCUUGGAAGGUGUGAAGUCGGUAGUCGCUGGCCACUGCCACUGCUUCGCGCUCCUCGAGUCGGGAGAAUGUCUAGGCUGGGGUGUCAACCAGCACGGCUGCGUCCGUGUGGGCGGGGAUCCUGAAAUCCUGGCUCCAGUCAAGGUCGAUCUCAAGGACAUCAUGGAGAUCAAAGCAGGGGAUGGUACAACCUUAGCACGGCUAUCAAAUGGUGAUUAUGCCGUUUGGGGCCGCAACUGGCAGAACCAAAUCGCCUGCCUCAACGAUCUUGGACUGAAUGUAGCAUUGAACUGGCGUCCAAGUGAUACUGUGCGUGGGGAAGUUGCCGUUGAGUCGAUGGCAGAUUCCAGCAACUACGACAUCAAGGCCCUCAUGGCUUCAAAAGCAGCUCUCAAGGAAGGCCGAACGCCACAUGGUGCAGCCGAAGUGGCCGCGGAGUUUGCCGGCAAGGCCGCGAUGGAGGUGGCUCGCGCCAGCGGCGCCAGCCUGCAGGAGGCUGCGGCAGCUGCAGGGAGAGCCGCGGCCAAUGCAGCCCGCACAGCUGGAAUGACGCAAGGUAUUUGCGCCAAGCUUGCGGCAGUCGCAGCGGGGCGGGCAGCUACCGAGUUUUCUUCAGAUGUGGCCACAGCGGAAGAGGUUGCCGCCUCAGCUGCGGAAGCAGCGUAUGCAGCAGCCGUGGCUGCUGGCAUGGCGGCACUGUCGGCAGCCAAAGCUGCUGCCAUCGCUGCCAGCAAGCCGCAGCUCUUUUUCUGGCCGGAAGAGCAACCGUGCGGCCUACUGGCCGAGAUCAGCCCUGUGCCGGCGAGUCUCACAGAGUUGAGGUUGCAAAUCGAGCAUGCUACCGGCAUCCCAUCAGCGCUGCAGAAAUUGGUGGCAAGCGGUGAGGUGUUGACUGCAACCAGUGAGUGCCCAACAGAAGGCUUCGAGGUGCUCUUGGUCAAAGACGAGACACCGAUGUGGACCUGGGACACGGACAACAACCCGGACUCGUCCCAAAUCGAAGUAGAGGGUGCCGUGAUUCGGUCUCCCAAACUUCGCACGGACUUCUGCAAUGUCUUGACCAAAGAACCCAUGCGGUCGGGGCUGCACUAUUACGAGUUCGUGCUGCACAAGGUCGGCGACGAGCAAUGGUGUGGAGUAACAAUGUCGCCGGAGAUGGCUGGCAGCAAAGUGGACGGCAGGUCCCUGAAAGCUUGGACCUACUACUGCGGCCGUGCUAGCUCGUCAAGAGGCUCUAUCCACAAUGGCACGGGUGCGCUGCACGCUUCUGGGAAAGCCGUGGUCGAGUUCGAGAAAGCGUGCACACCAGGAAACGUGAUUGGAAUGUUGGUUGACGUGGACAAGCGAAUCGUGGCCUUUGCCUUAGAUGGUCGGGUACAAGGUGCAUGCAAGGUUCCCGGAGACGAACCUUUGUAUGUUCUGACCCAGAUGGACACCCCCAGAGAUCACGUGGAGUUGCGAAAGCCAUCCCUGGAAGAAGCGCCACCUUCCAACUUUGAGGCCCUCAGCGGUGCUCUGCUGGACGCUGCGAAGGGCGAAACUUUGCACUGGUAG